GCGCAGGAUUGUGCGAUUUUUAGGUUAGGAGGAAACUGGAGAAAACAGCUGAUUUAGAUCUUCAUGUGAGGAAAACUUAGAGGUUUAUCGGAUCCCGGCCGCCGCGGCCAUUCUUCGGGGUCAACCUUAAGAGAGACUUUGCGGGAGAAAUCAUCCAACGAUUUAACGUUUCGCAACAGCCGACGAAUCAUUCGCAUGAUUUAAACGAUGGCAGGCUCAGCGCUCAGACGACUUAUGGCGGAGUACAAACAGCUAACCUUGAACCCGCCGGAAGGUAUCAUCGCCGGCCCGAUUAACGAGGAAAACUUUUUCGAAUGGGAGGCCCUCAUCACUGGACCUGAAGGAACCUGCUUUGAAGGUGGAGUGUUUCCAGCUAAAUUAAUAUUUCCUCCAGAUUAUCCAUUAAGUCCUCCAAAAAUGCAGUUUACCUGUGAGAUGUUCCAUCCCAACAUUUAUGCAGAUGGAAGAGUCUGCAUAAGCAUAUUACAUGCACCUGGUGAUGAUCCAAUGGGUUAUGAAAGCAGUGCGGAAAGGUGGAGUCCAGUACAGAGUGUGGAGAAGAUACUGUUGAGUGUUGUAAGUAUGUUGGCUGAACCAAAUGAUGAGAGUGGUGCCAAUGUGGAUGCCGCCAAGAUGUGGAGAGAAGAUCGUGCGGAGUUUGAGAAGAUAGCUCAAAAGUUGGUGAGAAAGACUUUGGGUAUUCCACCUUAAAAUAGAAUCCAUCUGUUAAAAGAAAGGAAAAAGAAAAAGCUCGAAAGCGGCGGGUAUUAUUACUUUUGUCGGUUGAUGUCGAUAUAUUUCUGUAGGAAAUAAUAAAUUUUUAUCUGUGCAGCAAAUGAAUCUCUUGUGUGCAAAUAAUUCUUCGCGCACGUUCCACUAAUUAUUUGCGCACGGAAAUAUAUUGUUGUGAAUUUUACACUUAUAAAAGAGUAACUCUUCGAUGAUAGGAAUCAAAAGUGUUAAUCUCAAAAAAUGUUUAUUUUCAACAUUGCAGUACAAACAUGGGUAAUCAAAUACAUACGCGAUUAUCUCAUACGCUUACAUGUACCAUUUCAUUGUGACAAACCGAUAACGAAGGACAGGAUUCGUUUCUUGUGUUCGGGUGCGUGAUUGACGUUAAGUAUAAUAUAUAUUAGUAUUUAAAAUUAUCAACUGAUCCCACAAAUUAUCCUACGGCGAUGUUAAAGUAAUUAUCACAUUCGCAUAUGGUGUUAUAUUAUUCACAUGUAAAUGUAUAUCGGCGAAAACGCAUUAUCAACUAAUGUGUUUGAAUAUCUUUUAAUAUUUAAAGAGAGAAAUACAGAUUAAAUAAAUAUAUUCAUAG